UCGGCCAGCAGCGGGCAAAAGCUGCUGCAGGAAGGCUCCCGCUGCGCCGGGAUCCUUUGUCUCGUCUUUGAAGAGGGAGGAAGGGGCAGACAGAAAGACCCCCACUCUUCCCUUCCUUCCGUCCCACUGGCGGCCUCUUUGGGUGGCUCUCGGGUCGCCUUGUCAAUCACCGCUGCCCAGAAGCCACAGGGUUGACCCGCGCUCCCGCAGACACCCAUCAGAUCGGAAAGUCAUUAUUUACUUACUCGGCCAUGCCGGUUUGUGUUCAGGCAGCUGCUCCUGCUGCCGCCGGGACUUCGCUGCCGCCUUUUGGCCGCUCAUGGAGCGCUAGAGAGCACGAUGGCCGCGCCUCCCGCCUUCUCCGCCCGCCGGCUCCCCUUGCUGCAGUUGCUACUUCUGCUAUUCGCCUGUGCACUCCGCGCUAAGGACAGUAGUGAGGCAGCAGAAGAAGCUGGUACCUGGAAUGAAGAGGUCACCAAAUGGUGGGGAGAAUGGAGCUCCUGGUCUACAUGUUCCCGCACGUGUGGAGGAGGUGUAAUGUCAAGAGAGAGGCACUGCUUAUGGCAGCGGCUACAUGUAUCUCAGGGGACAAAUAGUAGCAUGUGCCUGGGUCAGUCGAAGCGCUUUCAAUUAUGCCAACAGCAGCUUUGCCCUGCCAACACAGCCAGUUUCAAGCAACAUCAGUGUGCCAGUUUCAAUGCCAAGGCCUUUGGGAAACACUAUUAUCAUUGGAUGCCACUCUACCCAGAUGAUUACACCAGCAUCUCUAACAAGCCCUGUGAUCUCCAGUGUACUUCAAGGAGUGGGGAGAGACAACUCAUGGCACAAGCCCAGGAUGGCACAUCAUGCAAGGAUAGGGCUUACCAAGGAGUCUGUAUCAGUGGGAAGUGUGAGCCAAUCGGGUGUGAUGGCAGCCUCUACUCUUCCCAGGUGAUGGAUCGAUGCCGGGUAUGUGGAGGAGAUGGAAGCACUUGCUACCGAGUCUCAGGCAGUUUCCGAAAGGGGAUCUCACAGUUAGGAUAUGUAUUUAUCACCAACAUUCCUGCUGGUGCUACAGAUAUACUCAUUAUUGAACGAAGAAAGACAGAGAAUAUCCUGGCUCUGGCUGAUGAUUUGGGGCAUUUCUUCUUCAAUGGAAAUUCUGCUAUUGACAAUCCACAGAAUUUUAGAGUGGCUGGCACCGUGUUCAAAUACCGCCGCCCUUCCAAUCUACAUUCAGAUGGUCUGGAAUACAUUAUUGCACAAGGACCCACUAAUCAGUCUCUCAACAUCAUGUACUACAAUUUCAAUGGAAAAAUGCCACAUGUAACAUAUGACUACACUGUGCCCAGAGCAUUGUCAGCAGCUGUUCAGACAGUUCCGCCAUCCAUCAAGAUGCCCCUCUAUCUUCACUUACCAGAGCCUAGCCAAAAUUACCAAGAUGCAGUUUCAUCCAUUUCUCAAGAUUUCAAUGCUUCUUGGGUUUCUGUCACAGAGAUGACAGACGACACAGAAGAACGUGGGGGCAUGUCCUUCAAUAGCCGGAACGUCUUCCCAAGUAACUCCACUCCCCAAGGUAAAGAAUGGGGCUGGAAGCAUGGGCCACAGGAGGACAACCUCAACUUUCAAUUCCAUCAACUUUAUCAUACAAGUGAAACAAGUGAAGAUGAAGUGACAGCUGAGAAAGAAGCAGAUCUGGCCCUCAGACUCAAUAAGAUUAUGAUCAGCACAGCUACGCCACAUGGUACAGCAAGAUUUGAAUUCCAAGAAGCCAAUAGGAUUGGUCCAUCUAGACAGCAUCUCUUCAGAUCACUGUGUCUCCAGGAUCCACAAAAUGCUGCUUUUUGUAGGGCAUUGCAUUACAUGACAGCCAUGCUUGGGAGAAAGAAUUCAACAGUCAGGUUGUGGGGUCAUGCAACUAUCAAUUGGCCAGAAGGACUGCCCAAGCAACCUGCAAAAAAGAACUUUCCAGACAAAGUGAAUGUCAACCCUUUUGCAGUGAAUGAAGCAACCAAUGACACUGUCAUGGCAAUUUCUUCCAACCCUGGUUCCAGUUCCAGGCUUCCAACCAGCUUUGGGAAUGAGCAGCUGUCAGAGCCUCUUCAAGGUCCAGGUGCUGAAAGCAAUGACUUUGAACUGAGUCCCCUUGGCCGUGAGGACAUCAGCUUGGCUGACAUGUAUCGCUGGAAGGUAUCAGCCUAUGCUCCUUGCAGUUCCACAUGCACAUCAGGGAUCAGCACCUCCUAUGCUAUGUGUGUCCGCUAUGAUGGAGUGGAAGUGGAAGAAACCUACUGUGAUGCAUUGACUCGUCCUGAACCCACCCAUGAAUUCUGUUCAGGCCGAGAGUGCCAGCCUAGGUGGGAGACCAGCCAAUGGAGUGAGUGUUCAAGAACUUGUGGUGAAGGUUAUCAGUACCGAAUUGUGCGCUGUUGGAAGAUGCUGGCUCCAGGCUUUGAUAGUUCAGUCUAUGAUGACAUGUGUGAGUCAGCUGGGCUAACCAGGCCUAUGGAACGGAAAUCAUGCAAGAACAAAGUUUGUGGCCCGCAGUGGGAAUUGUCAGAAUGGUCUGAGUGUUCUGCUCGGUGUGGCAGUCAAGGGACAAUGCGAAGAGAAGUGCGUUGUUCGGUCAAACCCAAACUGUGCAAUCAAUCUACAAAGCCUGUAAAUGAGAAGGAGUGUUUAGGUCCUCCCUGUGACAGGCACUGGGCUGUUUCUGACUGGGGACCGUGCUCAGGUUUGUGUGGUGAGGGACGGAUGAAUCGCUUGGUCACCUGCCGCAAUGUGGAAGAGAAGCUGAUCUCGGAGUCCCAGUGCAAUCCCAACACUAAGCCCCUGGCAAUCUACCCCUGUGGAGACAAGAACUGCCCUGCCCAUUGGGUUGAGCAAGAAUGGGACCAUUGCAAUGCCACAUGUGGCCGAGGUGUCAAGAUGCGGACAGUGCUGUGUGUGGGAUUAGAAAAAGGCCUGUACAAGGAGUAUCCUGAGAAGCGCUGCGAGGCUUUUCCAAAGCCAGAAAUACAAGCCCCAUGUUUCCAGAGACCUUGUUCCACCUGGUUUUCAACCUCUUGGUCUCAGUGCAGCAAGACUUGUGGCACUGGCCUGCGUUUCCGUGAAGUGAAGUGCUACCAAGGAGAAACCUUAGGCCAAGGCUGUGAGUCAGCAUCCAAACCUGAAGCCAGGCAAGCUUGCCAGUUACAGCCGUGUCCCACCGAUGCUCCAGACGAAGACUGUGACGACAAAGCAACAGCUAAUUGUGUGUUGGUCCUGAAAGUAAAGCUCUGUUCACACUGGUAUUAUAGAAAGGCUUGCUGCAGGUCUUGUAAGGGCAAAACGCCCUGAUCUGGCUCCUGCUUCUUCCACUUCAGAAUAGGAAGCAUUCUCAAGAGGGAAAUUUGAUGGAGACCUGCCUUCUCGAACAGAAAGUGCAUGAUCCUUAUUGGACAGUCCAGAACAUUGGUCCACUUACUAGAAUGUUGCUGUAAAAAUGACUCUGAUUACAGGCCUUUUUGUUAGGAGGCCUGCUCCUAUAUAUUGUGCAGGUGACCUAAUAAUCAGGCUCCAUGAUGCUAUCCACGGGCAUUUUGUCAUGCUAAGUAAUAUUAAAAAUAUUAAAAUCUC